UACCAGUCAAAAGCCAAAUACAGCGUAUUUGAGUGAAAAACAGUGUAUUUGACCUGAAAUACACUGUAUUUGGUAAACCGGCCGUAUUUCACCCUGAUACACGUGUAUUUGGGUGAAAUACAGCAUAACCAAAUACGGUGUUCUCGCUAAUACGGCGUAUUUGGGGACCCGGCCGUAUUUCACCCUGACACACCCUGAUACAGUGUAUAUGGAAACUGCAACGUAUUUCAAAUAGUACAGCGUGCAGUACCACUAUACAUCGCAAGCUGUGCUAAUGUACCAGUCCCAGGCAGAGCUGGAAAUCUAAAAUGGGGGUUAAAAUUUGAAAUUUUAACCCUUUGAAACGCAAUUUCCGACACGAAGUUUUGAGUCCUUUAUAGCUAUUGGAGUACAUCGCGUCCUGUUCAUAACAGAUAUCAGCCAGGGCGACACAUUUAAUAACAGCACUGUUUUUUUUAACGGCGUAUUGGAUAUCAUUUGUCUCGCAAAUGGAUACUGUCUGUGCUCUCUAAGCAGAGGUUCUGGUUUAUUUUUGGGUUGUAGCGGUGUGUGGUAGUAUGUAUUGGUACUUGACCUGUCUAGUGAAGGUGAAGCAUUGUUUGUUUCGGAAACAUUGUCGCGCGCCCCGGCAUAAUAUGAACCACCGGAUAAUUGAGAUCCUAGCCGACUAUCUAGGUGUUUCUUCCGUCUAACACGAGCGCUUAAAAGUCAUGACAGGCUGUUGUCUUCUCGUCAAACCAAGAUGGUGGCGAGAACAACAUAAUAACCGAGAUACACGUUUACGCAACACGGAAAAGAAAUCAAACCCUACAAUAACUACAAAUGUAUAUCUAAAGUAGCAUUAGCAUUACCAUGGCAUUACUUAUUAUCAUUUUACUGUUCAUUGUUGUUAUCAUGUUCUUGCGAUUAGCCCUCGGGCAUGAAUUUGCAAUAAACUUUCAUUAUUUCCGAUGAUGUCAGUGCAAGGUGUCUUUCGCAGUUUCGGGAUUGCUAGUGAUCUAGACCGGUGAUAAAUUCGGAGUUAUCACAACAGGGCCAGUACGUACGAACGGCCUCAAAUAAUUCAUGCUCAAACUGAAACCUAUUUGGUAUGUCACUAGUAUACAUAAUUAUGUAUCUUGCACAUUUCGUCUAAACAACCUAGCAAGACUUUGCAUGAAUCAGGCAAAACCCACGAUAUAAGUUUUCAGAGUGUCGACUUGGAGGCUAAUUCUGCUCCAAAAGAUCUACAAGACGGCCAAAAAAAUACUAGUAGUCUGGCUUUAGCAUUUACGAGCAAGCGGAUGUGCGGUAUAACAGACACCUUGCAAAUUUUAGAACCCGGUCGAUACAAAUCUUCGAAGUUUCUUUGACAGAAUAUUCAGAAAAAUCUAGGGUCCGGGUCACCAUGGAGGUAGGGGUCACCUUGCUUGAGAGACAAACUGUUAAUAAUUAGCAGUUUGACUUCUCCUUUAGUGACAACUGACAAGACACAAUAGAUUACCUGCAAAUGGUGACAUAUUAGCAUCUGUUUGCCAAGCCUUGGUCAUGUCGUCAUGCUGUAUUUACUGUUUGAACAUUGAGUUACAACACAGACCUUUUAACUCCUUGGUUUGAAUCAAGGAGUUUAUAUAUAGAGGGUGUAUUACAUCUCCUUCCCCCUUUAUCCUUUCUUCUUGCAGGGUCUUUCUUGUUUGAAUGAUUUCGAUGACACAACAUGCGUUAGGGGCGUGUCAAUUUCCUCAUGAUUCUAUUCGCACCACUUUAUUAAUCCCGCCACAGUUUGUUUUGGUUUGUUGCGAGCCGCUUGCACCAUUGACAGGCGCUUCACACUUCACAACCACAGGAGGUUUAAAGCGACUGAGGAUUUUGAUUGGUUGUUCACGUGUGAUCAGGUCUGCGUUGUCUGAAGCCUGCGGCUCGGCUGGUCAUCGGUUAGUCUGUCGUUUACGACGUUUACUGACGUUUACGCUGUCAGUUACUUACCGUUGUACGUGGCUGUUUCCCACCCUUCUUUGAAUACUUUCCGUUUUGAUACACAACCAUAACGACGAUAUGUCGUUCGGAAGAUGGACUGUAGACCGUGACCUCGAGCGUCCCAUUCGAGCAACCCCCGUUGGUAUCACAGAUGGUGAACUUGAGCGACGCUUGGAAGACGACGAGGCGUGCUGUGUAUGCUAUACCAUCCUGCUAACAGCGGUGUCCAUGGAGUGUGCGCACAGUAUCUGUGCGUCCUGUGCAGCUUGGUUGCCGAUAAAUCGCUGCCCAUUGUGCAGGACUGACUUCGAUAAUGUGGAGGUGGACGAGGAGACCAGACAGCGGGUGGGAGAGGUUCCUGCCAAAUGCAGCCCGUGUGGUUUCCGGGGCACGGUUCGCGAAGUCCUGCAGCACAAGAAGGCCGACUGUACAGGCCAAACGGUAUAUUGUCGUCGUGAAGGGUGCCCUGACACACUGGAGAGGAGGCUGCUUGCUCAGCACGAAGAGGUCUGUGGCUAUAAGAAGGUCACGUGCCUUUGUAGCUACAGGACACUAAAGAAGGAUCUGGACCGACACCGGGAGACUGAUUGUGCAACCCAUCCAGUCCCGUGCCCAGUGCCGGGCUGUGGAAGACAACUAGAGAGGGCCAAAGUGGCUAUCCAUGUCACGCAAGAGUGCCAGUACACUGUGAUCUGUUGCCACGUGCCAGGAUGUGGGUUUGUGGGAAGGGCACCAGACAUGGCCGGCCAUGCAGCGAACUUCUCAGCCCAGCAUGCUGCACUUUUGACCCACCACAAUGACCGGUGGAAGAUCAGGUUGGCCGAAGGCAGGUUAAAGCCAUCUGACGCAUCCCUAGAGUACGGCGAGGUGAGGGCCAUGACGUUCACUAUCCCCAACAUUAAGACUAACCUCACAGACGGGACUACUGCCUUCACCUCGCCAUCAUGCAGGGGCAUCUACAAUGCAGAGUGGAAGGUGUCCCUGGAGAAAGAGGACAGGUGGUACAUUUACCUGUGCCUCGUGUCACGUGCCCGUCCACUUCAUUUGAAAGUCGUGUUCCUCCUGCAAGCACCCAACUGUGGGGAGGACCAUGCGAUCUCUCUGGGUGGGACAUUGGAAGUCAGGGAGAACAGGAAGUAUGGGGCUCCUGUACCACGAGCCAAAUUGGAGGAUCUUAGUGACUCCCGUGACCGGCUAGUGGUCAAGGUUAUGAUGCAGCAAGUGUCUGCAUCUAUUAAUAUGUAGUUUGAGAUUCUGGCAGUUGUUUUUCAUUUUUUUGAGUGUGGACACCCACAAAUGUCAAUUUAUAAUGUUCAUUUUGUUUUUAGAAAGGUUGAUAGUCGAUAA